AAGAAGUACUGCAAUCAAUUUGAUUAGUAUAAGACGAAUUGCGACUAAAUCUUUUCCUAAACUCGGUAAUUUCGUUCCAACACUCUCUCAUUCUUUUUCGAUUUUCCACAACUUUAAUGACGAAGAUGAAAAACCUUUCCCCCCUAAGCUGCGUAGAAUAGAUUUGAGCUGUGUUCACGGAUUGAAUGAUGCUGUUAACUUGUUCCACAAAAUGGUGAGAAUGCAUCCCCAGCCUUCUGUUUCCGUGUACAACAAAUUGUUGAGUGUAACGGCUAAGAUGAAUAAGUAUUCUUUUGCCCUCCAUGUGUUCGAUGAAAUGUGUCAAAUGGGUACUCCGGUUAAUGACUACACGAGGAAUAUUGCAAUCAAUUGCUAUUGUCGUCUGAAACGUGUAGAUUUGGGAUUCGCUACGAUGGGUUUCUUCUUGAAGAAGGGUUAUGAGCCGAAUGGAACGACAUUCAGCACUCUCAUUAAAGGGCUAUUUUUAGAUGAAAAGGUUGCUGACGCCGCGAAAUUAUUCAAGAAGGUACUGGAUUCGAGACUAUGUGAGCCCCAUGAUGUUAUGAUUCUCACUGUGAUUGAAGGACUUUGCAAAGCUGGACAGAUCUUUCCGGCCCAUGAUUUGUUUCACGGGUUAGAAAGGACUCGGUGGAAGCCUGAUGUUAAGGCUUAUAACGCUUUGAUUGAUGGAUUAUGCAAGACCGGAAGGGUGGAUGAUGCUUUCCAUCUUUUCUCGAAGAUGAUUGACAAGGGUAUUUCACCUGAUGUGAUCACGUAUAAUUCAAUGAUUCAAGGGUUGUGCGAUGUUGAUAGGAUGAAGGAUGUCGUUGGAUUGUUGAAUCAAAUGGUCGGUUCUAAUGUGCCUUUCGAUGUUGUAACUCUCACCACAUUAAUGGAUACAUAUUGCAAGGAAGGAAAAGUGGAAGAGGCAAAAGAUUUGUUGGAGGUUAUGAUCCAACAUAAUAUUUGCCCUGAUGUCGUCACAUAUAAUGCGUUGAUAGAUGGAUUUUGUCUGAGAGGUGAAAUAGAUAAGGCAAAAGAAGUACUUGAUUCUAUGGUUGACAGAAAUCUUAACCCCACCAUUGUAACUUAUAAUAGCUUAAUCAAUGGAUACUGCAAGAGAGGAAGAUUGGAUGAAGCCUGGGUUCUUUUUCUCGACAUUCCUCGUAUGGAAUUAGUUCAUAGCACAUGUACUUAUAACACUAUGAUACAUGGCUUCAUUAGUAAAGACAGAUUUGCUGAAGGCUGGAAGCUUUUCAAUGAUAUGGAAGCUCGACGAGUAAGCCCUGACAUAUGUACUUAUAAUACUUUGUUGGAUGGGUUGUGCAGAAACGGGAAGAUCGAUGAAGCUCUUUCAUUUCUACACACAAUUGAAGUGAAAGGAGUUAAUCCUGAUAUACUGACAUAUGGUGUUAUGAUAAAUGGAUUAUGCAAAAACGGAAAGCAUGAUGUAGCAAGAGAUAUUUUCGAUCAACUUCCUUCCAAAGGCUUGCAACCUAAUAUUCAGAUAUACACGAUGAUUAUUGAUUUGCUUAUUCAAGUAAUAUCUGUGGAUGUGGUAAAGCCUUUGCUCGUGGAGAUGGAGAAAUGCUGUUGCCCACCCGAUAGUGUGACAUACAAUGUCAUUGUUCAAAGUUUGCUGAAGAAAGAUGAACUCAACAACGCAAUACCAUUCCUAAAAGAUAUGCACCAACGAGAGUUCUCAGCCGAUCAUGCGACGUUUGCAAUGCUAAUUGAUCGAGUGCAAGGACAAAACGAAGAUGAUUUUCUUAUCAAAUUGAUGAAGAAUGUUAUGCCCAAGGAAAUUUUUAAGAAUUAACUUCAGCAUGUUGGAUGAUUACUGACAAUAUAGGUAAUUUAUCCAGAUAUUGUGCAGUUUUAUUGCCCAAGAAAUUUUCAA